AUGGAAGAACCACCUAAUGUUCAACAUCUAAGUCCCGAUGAAAUUCAAGCUGAAGCAAUAUUCACUUCUUCAAUCAAACGCCUGGAAUCCGGACAGUUCAGUGUUGCAUUACCCUUCAAGCAUUCACACCCCAUCCUAGGAGAUUCCAAAAGUGGAGCUCUCAAACGGUUCCAUAGCCUCAAACAUCGACUAUCACGUGACGAAAAUCUUGACAAAAACUAUUCAGACUUUAUGAGGGAUUAUCAUGAAAAUAAACACAUGGAAGCGGUUCCGAAAAAUAAUCAGAAUACUCCUUAUUGUUAUUAUAUACCUCAUCAUUGCAUUCUACGUCCGGAAAGUCAGACUACUAAGCUCCGUGUGGUUUUCGAUGCAUCGGCUCGAACCACCACAGGUCAAUCUUUGAAUACAAGCUUAUAUACUGGGCGCAAGCUACAGCAAGAGAUCACUCAAAUUUUGAUUCGUGCACGAGUACAUACAUUUUUGUUCACUGCAGACAUAAAGCAAAUGUUUGGGCAAAUCGAAAUCCAUCACACCGAUUGGGACUACUUGCGGAUUUUCUGGCGUUUCAACCGUGAUUUACCCGUCGAUGAAUAUAGGCUAUGUACUGUUACAUAUGGCACCUGCUGUGCUCCAUAUCAAGCACUCCGUACGUUACAACAUUUAGCAAAGAUUGAAGGAGAUAGAUUCCCAGUCGCAGCCAAUGUAAUCCUGAACGAUACAUUUGUUGAUGACAUACUCACAGGAGCUAGCUCGGAAGAUGACACCUUACAUUGCCAACAACAGGUUAUUUCGUUGUGUGCUCAAGGAAAAUUCCAACUUAGAAAAUGGGCUAGCAACUUACCCAGCAUCUUGCAGUCGGUACCCACCACUGAUUGCUUAAUGUCUCAUGUCGUGCAGCUCGAUGACGAUGUGGAUGCGAAGCUAAAGAUCCUUGGCAUGCAGUGGCACCCUACACAAGACCAAUUUUCAUAUAAUUGUCAUACUCCAAGCAAUAUAGCGACCAAGCGAUCAGUCUUAUCAGAUAUGGCACGCAUUUUUGAUCCACUGGGUUUCCUGUCACCUGUCACAUUUAUGGCUAAACACCUAAUGCAACUCUUGUGGGCAUCUGGAAUAGGCUGGGAUCAUCCCAUUCCUGUACAAACGCUAACAAUUUGGCAACGAUACCAACAAGAACUGAACUGUAUAAAUGAAUUGACCAUUCCUCGUCGAAUCACGUUAGACGGUCACCCAACAUAUGAGCUGCAUUCCUUUCGAACAGCUCCGAAAAGGGAUACGCCGCUGCCGUUUAUCUCCGUUGCAACACAGUUAGUGUCGUUCGUUGCUACCUUAUCUUGGCAAAAUCAAAGGUAG